AUGAAGAUCAAUUGCAUGCUGUUUGUGCUUCUUGCUCUCUCUCUGGUCCAGGCAACAAAGCCCAUCACGUUCAACCUGAGAAAGAAUAGUUUUGAAACCAGAGGAUACAUUUCAUCGAUCAUUGAAAACGAGAUAAAGAGCAUGUUUCCAAAUAAACAAACUGUGGGCUACAUAAAAUACGAUACACACGCCAACUUCUACUACAACACUCCCAGAAACACCACGCUAAUCACCCAUAAUGGCCUGCAGGUGUACUAUAACGUGUACCAUAGAAACAACAACACCAACACAAUCACGCACGUGAUAUCUGUAAAGUCAGAGAAUAGCAACGCCAUUGCAUUGGAGAUACUCGUGAAGAUAUUCCAGGAUAAGAUAAGUUUCCAGGCCAGCAGCAGAAAUGGAGAAUCAAUGGGCAACAACACUAUUGUUUUACUAAAUAGCUUGGAGAACGCCAUAAUAAGGAUCGGAGAGCAGAAGGCUAACAUUGACCAGUACCAGCUUAAAAGACUAGCUAACUACAUAUAA